UAGUCGUGAUUUCAGCCGAUGGGAAUAAAACAUUGGGAUUUCCUAAUUGCACAGCUAGGCUUGUAUUCCACUGCCUGAUAUUCUACGCUACCGGCCAGUCCCGGUGACCAUAUGGUUGUGGCUGAUAUCGCAUCCAGGUUCAUUCCCCAACUGCACAGCUGCCAGUCCUUUUUCUUGGGGACGAUCGCUUCACCUAUCUGUCGUUCUCCUCCCGUGUAGGGUUUGUGGCACCUUCAUGGAAACCCCUGUAAAUCCUUCAAAUUCUCGCAGUAAUCGAUCGCCUCUUCGCUACUUGUAUUGCAGUUGCUUUCGGCGUUGUUGUCGUUGUUUUUGUUGUUGCUAUUCUUAUCCUUAGCGCCCAAUUUUCAUUUGUUUUUCGAGGGUUUUAUGGAUGCGUCUCAUGCUCAGUCGGGUCUCUCUCUAGGGUUUCAUUCGCAUUCAUCGCUAGCUCCCAUGACGCCGCUCGCUGACGAUUCGGUGAAGCUGCAGAUUGCUUCGGAUUUUAGCAGUCUGGGGAAUCCUAUUCAAUCCGUUCCACUGCAAUUGUUUGAGCAAAGAUGCGAGAAAUUUUCUAAUGGAAGUGGAGGACAGUCUGAAGACGGAGAGGAUGAGGAGUUUCAUAUUUUGGGGCAUCCCAUGUGUUUGAAGAGGCCGAGAGACGAGCAAUUUUCGAGGUCUUCUAGCCCUUCUAAGGUGGCUUUGGUUGAGUCCGGGCUUGAGCAGAGGCGAGUAGCGGUGAGGGCUUGGGGAAACCAGCCGCUUAGUGUUGCUGAUCCUGAUGUUUUCCAAAUAAUGGAGAAGGAGAAGAAGAGGCAGUUUAAAGGAAUUGAGCUUAUAGCUUCUGAGAAUUUUGUGUGUAGGGCUGUGAUGGAAGCCCUUGGGAGCCAUUUGACAAACAAAUAUUCAGAAGGAAUGCCAGGUGCAAGAUAUUACACGGGUAAUGACUACAUUGAUCAGAUUGAAUUACUUUGCUGCAGGCGUGCCUUGGCGGCUUUUCAUCUUGAUUCUGAGAAAUGGGGUGUAAAUGUCCAGCCAUAUUCGUGUACAUCAGCUAAUUUUGCUGUGUACACUGGGCUUUUACUUCCCAAGGAUCGGAUUAUGGGUUUGGAUUCGCCCUCUGGUGGUCAUCUGAGUCAUGGGUAUUACAUGCCAAGCGGGAAAAAGGUUUCAGGUACAUCAAUAUUUUUUGAGAGUCUCCCUUAUAAAGUGAACCCACAAACUGGGUAUAUUGAUUAUGAUAAACUAGAGGAGAAGGCUCUUGAUUUCCGUCCCAAGAUACUUAUUUGUGGUGGGAGUUCAUAUCCACGGGAGUGGAAUUACGCAAGGUUCAGGCAGAUUGCAGAUAAAUGUGGCGCAGUAUUAAUGUGUGACAUGGCUCAGAUUAGCGGUAUUGUGGCGGCUAAGGAGUGUGCAAGUCCGUUUGAUUAUUGUGAUAUUGUUACCUCGACAACUCACAAAAAUCUCCGAGGUCCUAGGGGAGGUAUUAUUUUUUACAGAAAAGGUGCAAAGGCAAGGAAGCCUGGCAUGCUUCUUAGCCAAGGAGAUGAUAGUAACCAAUAUGAUUUUGAGGAGAGGAUAAACUUUGCUGUCUUCCCUUCAUUACAAGGGGGCCCUCACAAUAAUCACAUAGCUGCUCUUGCCAUAGCCUUAAAACAAGUGGCCACACCAGAGUACAAAGCAUAUAUGCAACAGGUGAAAAAAAAUGCUCAGGCUUUAGCAGCUGCUUUGCUCAGAAAAAGUUGCAAAUUGGUGACAGAAGGUACUGACAACCAUUUGUUGCUCUGGGAUCUUACAGAUCUACACAUAACAGGCAAGAACUAUGAGAAGGUCUGUGAGCUGUGCCACAUUACUCUCAAUAAAACUGCUAUAUAUGGUGACAAUGGUGCCAUUUCCCCUGGAGGGGUAAGGAUCGGUUCUCCUGCCAUGACAACAAGAGGUUGUCUGGAGGCUGAUUUUGAGACAAUUGCAGAGUUUCUCUACAGAGCAGCUGUGAUUACAAGUGCAGUUGUUACACAAAGAGAACUUAGAAAGUUUCCGCGAGAUUUUUUCAAGUGUCUCCAGAACAACAAGGAUAUUGUUGAGCUCCGAAAUCAAGUGGAGACAUUUGCUUCCCAGUUUGCAAUGCCAGGGUUUGACAUUUGAAUUUGUUAACAGAAGCAACAUCACCAUUUUGCUUCAGGGGAUUACUACCACUUUGCUUGGUGACCCAUCCUUUUUGGUUAAUCCCUUCCACUGUUCAACCCCAUUCAUCUACGUUCUAUUACUGCAGAACCAGUUUAUACACUAGAAUAGUGCUGAGAUGUUACGAUCAUCGUUCACCCUCACCCAAAUGCUUGCCAACUUGUUUAAGGUUUUGUAAAAAUUAUAUAGAGAGGGCUUCAUCCAUUUUUUUCUUAUAUAUAUUUUUGUGUAAAAUGCCACAGGAAACUUGGAAUUUGGACAGGUCUGUGACCAUGACCUGUAUUGUUUACCGUUUUGAAUACAUGUGUAUUUAGCCA